AUGGGUAAACUCGACGGAAAAAUCGCUCUUAUUACUGGUGGAUCAGAUGGUAUUGGUCUUGCUUCUGCACAAGAAUUUGUUGCUGAAGGUGCUUAUGUAUUUAUCACUGGACGACGUAAAGAAGCUCUUGAUGCAGCAGUCAAACAAAUUGGUAAUAAAAAUGUUACUGCAAUUCAAGCUGAUUCAUCUAAAUUGGAUGAUAUUGAUAAUGUCAUUAAAGUAAUACAAGAGGAAAAAGGAAAAUUACAUAUUUUAUUUGCAAAUGCUGGUAUAUUUCGUUUAACACCAAUAGGAUCAAUUACAGCAAAAUCUUAUGAUGAGCUGUUUAAUAUCAAUGUUAAAGGUGUACUUUUUACUGUUCAGAAAGCUUUACCAAUAUUCGUUGAUGGUGGUUCAAUCAUUAUCAAUGGAUCGAAUGCGUCCAUUAAAGGUUAUCCAGCAGGAAGUGUCUAUAAUGCCACAAAAGCUGCAAUUCGAUCAUUUGCACGUUGUUGGACUGUUGAUUUAAAGGAUCGAAAAAUUCGUGUUAAUACUCUUAGUCCAGGUCCAACUGAUACUCCUAUGGCAAGAAAUUUGAUUGGUACUAAAGAAGGUUCGAAAAAAAUGCUAAACUUACUUGCAGCAAGUUCUCCUAUGGGGCGACUUGCUCAUCCAUCAGAAAUUGCCAAAGUAGCGUUAUUUCUCGCUUCAGAUGAUAGUUCAUAUAUUACUGGUAUUGAACUUUUUGCCGAUGGUGGUUUAUCACAAAUAUAA